GGCGAGGCCGCGCUUCCGGCGGGCGGCGGUGACGGGCGGGCGGUGGCGGCGGCAGCAGCUCCGGAGAGGACACUUGGGGAGUUCAGCACUUUUGCCCUCAGACCCUGCAGAGAACAAAGGGGAAGUUGACUCCUCGCUAGAGUGGAUUUCCAGCGGGCACGGAGGUGGCCUUCAAUAACCGGAUUGAGGGCUGGAGAAAAAUCUGCAAAAUCUCCUGGGGCUCUCUGGGUACUACAGUAUGGUUCACAAGAAGGACCUGAAAUCUAAGAGGUCUUCUGCUCUGGAUCCUGCUUCCAUUAACACCAUGGAGCAGUAACCUACGGCCAAGGAAUGGAGCUGGCUGUGAAAACUUCAUGAAGGUAUCUGGAGAGCCUUGUCUGUUUUUCCAAGGGGUGAGGCCAGAGCACUAUGCACUGGGCUCUUCUUGUGGUGUGGAUCCUACUAACAAACAACUUCCUUCUUCCACAUGGUGCCACACUAAGAUAAAUUUUAUGCCUCAGGGGAAAUCCCCCAGUGCUGUCUAAUAACCUGCUCUUCUGUCUCUGGACAAGUGCUGCAAGUUGACUGUGAUGCUGAGUGGUGAGUGUAGGGACAAGUGUAGGGACACUUGGUGACUUGCUGGCCCUAUGGCAGUACCAUCACUGCUCUCUGGGAGGAUUUGGAUUUGGUCUCCAGGUGUUUCAGGACUCAUCUUUGGGGAAGUGGUUGCUCCCGGGCAUCCCCAAGAAUCUCCCAUGAAAGGCAUCUCAGUGGAUGGUGGCAGUGAAAUGUGGCUCCUCUGUCCCGACUGGGGCUGGGAAGUCCCUGAGAGCUGUGAAUGCUGAGAGGCUGUCCUGGCAACCCAUGAGCUUCCUCAGCAUGGAGCACUGGCUUUUGGGGCUGCUGAGCUCCUGUGGGAAAUGCUUUAAGCUCGCUGAGUCAUAGGAGUCAGUGCCUGCUGUUACCAUAGAAAUCGGAUCAGCUGCGAGGGGUGGGGAGUCCUGGUCCCUGGCUCCACUGCUGCGUGCUUCCAGCAUGAGCUCAAAGAGCUGGGGAACCUGAGUUUUUGCUCCUUGUCCUGUUGAUAUCAGAGGAGGUCAGGCAGCUCUGGCAGCCCUGAGCAGAGGGCAGGGAAAAUAAUUUUGCUUGGAUCUUUGCAUGGCUGCAGUGGUGGGACCCUGUGUGUCUGAUGUGUUGUUUUGAAGACCUGCUGUCUGUAUAUGUCAUGUCUUUUGUAUUUCGGGAAGCAUUGCAUUUGAUUAGCAAAAGCUUUCAGUCCUUUGGGAGCCCUGGAGAGGUGAAAACUGAUUGUAAACUGGUGAGUAGCAGAUAAGGGAGGAUAGGAAGUAAAUAAUAAGCUUGGAAUGGUCCAAAGGGAGAAGAAAACCACUGGAUAUCCAAUUUCCUGUGCUCUCAAAAUGCAUUCUCAAGCUUGGUGGCAAGUAUAGACCUGAGCAUGGAUGUGACACCUUCCAGAGCUCAGUCUCUCACAGGUUUUGUCGUCUGUGCUCAGUCUGAGUAACUGUUUCAUUGUUUCCUCUGCAUAAAUAUACACAUUCAAGCUCCAGGGAUGGAAGAUGCAAAACAUCGUCCCCCUCUCCAUUCUGCUAAAGGAAAUAGCUUUACUGUGAAUAUACUUUUCACACUAAGGUGUUGUGCCUCCUCAGAUCAUCUUUGAACCCUUUGCUCUCCUUAUAAAGCAAAAUAAGCACAAGCAUUGCUGUGAAACAGUGCUGCAGAGACUCUUGCUGAUGCAAGGUGUCACUUGAUUUUUUUACACUUCCUCUUGGCUUGCUGCCUGCUGACCACUGAAUUACUGUCCACGUGGUCAGUGUAAGCAGUCCAGAUCUACAUAGUUGUCCUUUUUAAUGUUUCCUUGCUUACUUCCAGGAGACUGAAUUCAGAGGAUAACAGCAGCUUCCCAAGGAUUGUCCUUAAGAGUUGGUACUCUUAGGAGGUCCUGUAUGCUGUGCUAGCUCAGUCCCAGCUUUAAUGCAUCUUCUGCUUCAGAUGAGAGUGAGAAAUAUUUGCAAACAACAGCAAACGCACUGAGCUGUCUGUUUCUCGGACCCUCUUAAUUCUUUGGUCUGCUUAUUGCAUGCUUGGUGAAAAAUACUCAUUCAGGCAGUACGGCUUUAAAUGAAAGAAUUCAUUCCUUGCUUCUAGCUAUUAUGUAGGAGAGAGGAUUUACUGGGUGAUGCUGAAAGGAGAUGAGGAUUCUAUGUGUAUUGUUCUCCCUGUUUUACUAGCUCCGCCUAAAAAAUUCCUGUUUUAAGGAGCUGUUCACUUCUCUGUUCAGAUCGCAGCACACUGAAGCACGCACUUCAGUGUUGUUGAGAGCUCUGGUUCUCCAUUAUGGGGAGAAGGAGGGGGGUGAUUCUUGGGAAAGCUUCCAGUACUGGGCCAAGUGUGGAAACAGCUGGGCUUUGUGCCAGCGCUUCGGAGGGAGGGGGAGCUCAGAGCCAUACAGGGAGUGUAUCAGGCAGGGGCUGGUGCAGCCUGUCGCCUUCUGCAGAGUCCUGGUGCUGCUUCUGUUUCAAGAGAGAAAAACUGUUCUGCCCAGAGCUGUGGGCAAGCAGAGAUUCCUUGAGAGGGUUGGUACAGCUCUUGAUGGCUUUUGAUAGCAAUUGGCAUGAAAGAAUCUGAUACGUUGUGCCUCUGGCGAGGAGGAGGAGUUCCUGCUUGUAUUAAGGGGGAGGGGACACAAUCUCUGGAUAAGCAAGGAUGAGGGAGUAUUGGGGGGAAAUGGGUGAGAAGAGGAAGUGUCUCUGUGGGGAGGUAGAUUUGUGAUCUCUGUGUCUCACCUAACAGUCUCUGCAGUCCGUGUUUAGACACAGCGAAAUAAACUGCGGUGUUUGGGGACCAUGGCUGCAGACCCGCUCACGGAUCUUCAGGAUGACCUGAGCUUGGAUGAUGCCAACCAGUCCCUCAGCCAGCUCAAACUGGCCCCCUCCAUAGAUGAUAAGAACUGGCCAUCAGAUGAAGUCCCUGCUUUUCCCAAAUCAGACGACUCCAAAAGCUCCCCUGAGCCUGUCACUCACCUGCAGUGGGAUCAUCCCUACUAUGAUAUUGCCAGGCACCACAUUGUGGAAGUAGCAGGUGAUGACAAAUAUGGAAGAAAAGUCAUUUUGUUCAGUGCUUGCCGGAUGCCCCCAAGUCAUCAACUAGAUCACGUGAAACUGCUGGGGUACCUGAAAUUCACACUGGACCAGUAUGUGGAGAGUGACUACACUCUGGUGUACCUGCACCAUGGCCUGACCAGUGAGAACAAGCCAUCCCUGAGCUGGUUGCGAGAUGCCUACAGGGAAUUUGAUCGCAAAUACAAGAAGAACAUCAAAGCCUUGUAUAUCGUGCACCCAACCAUGUUCAUCAAGACCCUGCUGAUACUCUUCAAGCCUCUGAUCAGCUUUAAAUUUGGACGAAAGAUUUUUUAUGUGAAUUACCUUAGUGAGCUGGAGGAGUAUGUGAAGCUGGAACAGCUGGGGAUCCCAAGCCAAGUGCUAAAGUAUGAUGAAUACCUGAGAUCCCUGCAGAAACCUUUGCAAGUGCCCCAGAAGCCAACACCCCCACGCCCACCGCUGCCAAACCAGCAGUUUGGAGUCUCCCUACAGCACCUCAGGGAGAAGAGCCCUGAUCAGUCUCCUGUUCCUCUGGUGGUCAGAGACACCAUUGCUCACUUGCGGGAGCAUGCUCUUAAUACAGAGGGGAUUUUCCGGAGAUCAGCAAAUACACAGGUUGUCAGAGAGGUCCAGCAAAAAUACAAUAUGGGUGUGCCUGUAGAUUUCCAGGAGUAUGAAGAUGUCCACCUCCCUGCUGUGAUUCUCAAGACCUUCUUGAGGGAGCUACCUGAGCCCCUCCUUACUUUUGGCCUCUACAGCCAUGUUGUCAGCUUCCAGAGUGUGGAGGAGAUGAAACGUGUGGAUGUUGUUCGCAAAACGCUCCAGGAUUUGCCAGAAGAAAACUACCAAGUGCUCCGUUUGCUGACAGCCUUUCUGGUGCAGGUCUCUGCUCACAGCGACAGAAACAAGAUGACAAACACCAACCUGGCAGUUGUGUUUGGCCCAAAUCUGCUCUGGGCCAAAGAUGUGGCCAUCACUCUAAAAGCCAUCAAUCCCAUCAAUACCUUUACCAAAUUCCUGUUGGACCACCAGAAGGAGCUGUUUGAGGCUGCAGAGGCCUGAACCCAGGCCAGCCCAUACCUGCACACUGUGCCCACCUUCCCCUUCUUUGUCUUGGAGCUGUGACCAAGCUGUCUCCAGUACAAAGGGACCAUUGAUCUUCUGGGUGAUGAGCAGAGUGAGGGCUGUGGAGAUGAUGGUGAAAGUGUGCAAGUAAGUGAGCAGGAGACCUGCAGCUCUGGAUGGGCAGGGGAGCUGGUCUCCCAGCUGCUGAGACUGGAGUCCUAACCCACCUGCGCAGCUUCUCCGGGUCUCAUCACCAGUCUUCUGCCCUAUCAGAUGACCUGCCUUCCUUUCCUCCUUCCCUUAUGUGCAGUUUUUCUGCCUUCCUGGUCCCUUCCUCAGCACAGAUCUUUUUGUUCAAGCUCCCAAUAGCCCCAGCUCACCCCUCCUUGCCUCAGCUGGGCUGUUUGGGCUAGGGCAGGGUUGCUGGGUUUUGUGAUGGAGACAUUCUUACUGUGAGUGCCAUUUCUCAGAACUGAGCAUGCAUUCUGCCUUUCCCCAGGGGCACCUAAAGCAGGGAAGGGAGCAGCAGCCCUUGUGCUUCAGGUAGCAGCGUGUCCUGCACUUGCAACCACCACUCUGGACCCCCUGCUUUUGGCAGGCAGGUGAAGGACAGGCUCAUGGCAAUGUGCUGUUGUUACCUGUCAGACUCCAAAACAAAACAAUGAAGCUGAGUUUAGCCCAAGCCCAGUCCCUCUGGUGUCACCCACUCCAGGUGCUAUUCAGUGUUUGCUGGACUGUAGUGGGUGACUUGCUUCCUGUAGUUAUCCAGCUCAGGUGUGUUUGUCCUUCCAGCAGCACUUCUAGCCUGGCUGGGAAGGGUCAUGCCAAGCUUGGCUGUGCAUGCAGGCCAGCUGUGACCCUUUGACCACUGGUGAGUCUGAAUGGCAGGAGCAAGUGCCCUGGUGGCACUGGGCUGCUGAGCACCAUGAAGGUCCCCAUCUGUCCUGGCAGCAGUAGGCCUCUUCUGGCACAUGUAUCUGUGCUGACUGGCACAGACCGCCUUGACUAGUUUUUACUUUUUGAGCUUAACUUUCCCCAGCACAGUGUAACAGAGAGCAUGGCCUUGAGGGAAGGUCUGGGGACUGGGGCUGUCCUUCCCCAUGGAGUGCAGCAGGCCUGGAUUACAUAUUUCUGACCAGGUGCUGAGCACUCGUGCCAAAGCUGUGAGGGAGCAGCUAUUCCAUGCCAAGGGCUUUUGCUGUGUCUCCUCCUGGGUUCAUACCUUCCACCCUGCCAUCUGGUCAGGUGCAUGCUGUAUGCCCUGGGCACAGCUGGAGAGGUCAUGUUCUCUGCAAGGCAGGCUCAGAGUGGGGUGGUCCUGGCACCUCCCUGGAGCAGCUGCGAUACUGUCACAGCAUCUCUGUUGGAUUUGGGUUGCCUCAUUCCCAUCACCUGAGCUAAAAGAGAUCCUUCUCUUCAGCCUGGACCUGUCAGAGUUAAAGGAGGGAGCUUCUAGCCUUACUUCACUGGUGUGAUUUAUCUUUGUAUCCUGUGCCUGGGCCAGACUUCCUUGCUGCAUCUGGCCUCAGGGACAAAUCUUUUGGACCAAGCAGAACUGUUUUUUUUUAAGCUACUGGAUGCUAAAGAGAAUUUGUUUUUUCAUAAUAUUUUAGCCUGCCUUUAAACACUGACCAGGGGUCAGUGCCCCUGGUGUAGUCAAAGUAAAUGGCAUCUGCUGCAGGAAUUAAGGAGAUUGCUCUUUUUGCUAAACUCUGGAAUGGGGAUGGGUGCAAACAUAGGCAGCUCUCCAAGGCAGCGCAGGUCCAGCCAGCUGCCUUGGAGGAGGCACACCAACAUGUGGGUGGGAGCAGUGAACAAAUAAGUAAACAUUACUAAGGCUGGAGCAAGAGAGGUUCAAAGACAGGACUGGAUCUGAUCCUUUCUAGAUACCGGGAGACUUUGCCCUGUGGAGGUUACCAGGCUGCUGACUUCUUCAAGUCUCCCUCUUCCAAGAGUAGGAGCAUUCCCUGUUUGGCCAGGAUAGGAAUUGCUUCAUCCUGAACAAUUCACAGCAGUAACUAAGUAAAUGUUUUGGAGAGAGAGCUAAUCUGCUCCUAAUUCAUUUGUGAUCUCUUCUAGAGUGAGUUAGCAGGGCGGAUGUGCUGUUGGAGGAGUAAUCUGGAGUGGACUAGUGUGGAGAGAGGUGUACUUCCCCCAGUGUUUAAGGGGCAAGGCCGUGGAGGCUGAGGGAGCCUAGUGCAGCUCCUUUUUCCCUGCAGGCAUCCUGUCCUGUGCAGCCUUUGGUAGGGGGAGAAGGGGACUUGGUGCUCUCACUGUAUCUGCAGCUGACACUGGCUUCACCUUCAUCUCUGGGAAGGAGGAAAGGCAAGCCCACUGAACUUCUGGGACAAACGCCCAAGCUUGGCAGCCUGGAAUGCAAGUGCCUGUGUGCAUGAGGCCUGGCCCUCUGCACUCUCUAGGGAAGUGGCAUGUUCUGGCCUUGCACAGCAGCAGGGACUGUUCCCUGCCCAGUAGCCAGAGGAGCAGUGCUGGAGUAGCUCCUGUCCAGGGGGAAAGCAGGGAAUAAUGCAAGUGUCUGAGUUAUGACUGGACUUUGGCGAUUUAUUUUAGGGUGUUUUUUGGGAUUUGGGUUGGUUUUUUUUUUUAGUGAAUUCUUGAAAUGACGUUUCCUUUUUUAGCAAAAUAGAGGCUAGUUCAUCCCCUGCUGGCAGGGAUAAAAGCCUGUUCCAGUUCAGUGCUUGCAGAGAGUGUUCAGGGAACCACUACUGCUUAUGGUAGGAAAGUGCUUGCAAAUCCUGGAAGGGACCCACUGUAAAUAUCCCUUUUCCUCUACUGCUCCUUGUGCUGGAGCUGCUGAGAGCCCUGGAGCAGGCAUAGUAACCAGGGUUGCUUUUGCAGUCUUUUCUCCUGAAUGCCUUGUAUUGAAAUAUUCCUCCAUUGAUCUGAGCGAAGAACUGGCCCGGGCCUGCCUGCAGCCUGUGUCAGGUGGGUGGUGACCAGAGCCUGCUCCUGCCAAGGCCAUGCAGUGAAAUUCCCUCCUCACGUGGCCAGGGUGCUGGCUAGGCAGGGCUUCUCUGCCUUGUAUAGGUCAGGGUGGUAUACAAUUAAGGUGCUGGUCUGUCGGUUUUCUCCUGCUAUAGAGCUGCCCAAGGGUCUCUUUCCUGGCUUACCUUUCAGGUUAGCUAUUAGCCAUUUCUUCCUGUGGGGGUACUUGUUCUGCAUCAACCUCCUGCUUUUUAGCAUCUAGAACAUUCCCCUCUGCUAAACCUCCUGCUGUCUUAAUGGCCUCUGAUCACUCCCUGGCCCAAGCUGUGAACUGACACCAGAGCUUCUGGGCAGUGCAGGGGGUCUGGGGCCAUCCAGAUGCCUUGUGUGCUAACAUGAGAGAGCUGAAGGCCAGUUUGGUCCCAGUUUCCUUUUUUAUGCACAGGGGCUCCUGUGCAAAAACUUCUGCUUUGCUUUUGUUGCUGGUGUUCCCUGCCUUCUUUGUUAAUGUUCAUCAGGUGCACGCCUGGAUUUUCACAGUUCACACUGUUUAUUUUCUUUUAAUCUGCACCAAUCUUGUAUUUCACAGUUUGCACUUUUUGUAUUUCAAUAAAAAUCAAAAUGUAAUCUCAGAUCCAGACAUGUUCGUCAAGUGGCAGCAGCAGUGACACAUCUACAAGAAACAAGUAAGGCUGUCUAUGCUGCCAACCACAAUCAUGCUGCAAGGAAGAAAAGAAACUAUGAAAUGCCCCCUGUGUGAGUAACUGAAGAAAUAUUAGGCUGCAGGAGCCUUGGGCUGGAAACAGAUUUAAAACAAAAACGAAGUAGUGUAGAUUUGGUUUUUCUGAAGAGGGAUGUUCUUCCACAUUACCAUCUUCCUGUCAUGAUGAGCAGUCUGCCUAGGAUUUCCAAGGGUGCCAAGCAGGAGCCACUUUAGGAAUUGCUGGCUAAGUUUAUCCUGGGGCAAGUGAUACACUCAGCAGAAGCCUGCACCUUCUCAUUUCGAUGGAUGUGGAUUGCUGACUUGAUGAGCAAUAGUCUGGUUGGACCACUGCACUCCUCUUGUUCCAUAUUCAGUUCACCACUUUUUCAUAAGGACUGCAAUUUGCCUGUUAGUAAGCUUUUGGCUAGGAUGCAAGAAUUGGGAGUAGAACGGAGAGGGCUGGGGCUAAAGCCAUCAGCAUCAGGCAGGAGCCUGACUGCUGGGAUGCCAGCGAUGGUGUGUCAGGGUGACGUGUUGUGCUGAUGUCAACACUUGCAUGUCUAAAAUGUGUGCUGCUUGCCUGUUUUUACUGUACCAGUUAAGGCUUCCCAGUGUUGCCAGCUCCCCUUCUGUAUGUUGACAUGGCCCCUGUAAUGGGGUCAGUGUGGUUAACAUGCCAACUAUACAGAGAGAUCUCAGACCUCCCCAGUGUAGCAGGUGGUCCUGGCUCUGGGCUUUGUCACAGUGACCUGCCUGGAAUUGUGCUGUAGCAACAUGAGCUCAGAGGAGCUGGAGAGCAGGUGCAUCUGUCCCUGACAGGGAGCUGGCACUGGCAGGACUGCGUUAUGUGCAGCCAUGGGCAGUACUGAACAGUGUGAGCACCACUGCAACUGGACACUUUCUCAUGAGUAGCUGCCCCCUGACUUGAUGGACACUGUUCUGAGAACAUUUUUUUUAUAAAUACAUAAAGUAGGCUCACAAAGUGAUGGUAUUUAAUUGUUCAUGACCUUGGUGGUUAAUCAUACUUAUGUGAUUGU